AUGGUAUUAACUCGAAGUCAGACACAUUAUAAGCAACCUAUAAAGAAAAAAUUUACUGAUGACGACUUCAGCGAUGAAGAAAAGGUGAGCCCACUGUUACCAGUACAACCAGAGGAUGACUAUCUGUCUGAAGAAGAAGAAGAAGACGAUGACGAUGACGAUGACUCUGAUGAUGCCCCAGAAGAGGAAAGUACAAGCAAAGCUAGAAGUGACAUUUUAUCAGAGCAGAAGAGGUUACAACAGGUUGAAGCCGAAUUAAAGAAACAAGAAAGGGAGAAAAGGAAAGCAUUGGAUUUGCGUAAUACACAACAACAGCAGAUGAAAAAGAGCAAACAAAAAAGUAACCCAUCAACAGCGCCAAUUGAGCUUCCUGAGUUUUUACCCGAUGAUAUUGCAUCAAUAAUUAAUCAGCCAGUUGAGGAACUGAAACCAAGGCAUAUAAGGUUGGAUGAAAUAGAGGCGUCGCCAAAACUAGAUAAAAAGUCAUUACUUGAAGAAAAAUUGCGACUCUUGAAGGCAAAGAAGAAAGUUGCUAUAAAGAAAGGGCCUGUUCAUGUUAAAAUACAAUCGUUCAACAGUAAAGUAGUGCCACGGUCUGAAUCAAAGAUUGUCAAGAAUAGAGAUAAAUGGUUACAUAGGAAAAGCGUCAAUAGAAAGUGA